AUGCGAUCGAUAAUGAGUUUGGGCAAGAACGGCGCAUCGCGAGAUAAAGUAUACAUUGAAAAGCAGGGCAUUCGUGCCAUCAUCGGCCCAGAUUGCUGGAAUAGAGUGGUGCCACAAAACUGCCAAAUUUCGCUUGAAAUGACAACAGAUUUUGCCAAAGCUUCAAAGUCCGAUGAGCUGCAGUACUCACUCAACUACGCUGUCAUCUCCAAGGAUGUGGGUCGAUUUGUCGAUCCUUAUCUGGACUACAAGACUCUAGGUAGGCUAGCGGAAAGGAUCAUGCAUCAUGUCAAAAGUCAAUAUCUGGGCGUCGAAAAACUGGCGCUAAGAGCCGAGGCCCAGGAAGCGCACAUAAGAGCAGAAAAUGUGAGCCUUUUGAUUCACUCUCCACCAGAAGCACCAAAUACUGAUCGAUUGAUCAUCUCUGGCCUCAAAUUACUUACGUUAAUCGGGGUCUUCACUUUCGAGCGUCUACAAAAACAGUUUGUGACAAUUGACAUAAACAUGCCUUGGGAUUCCAGAUCGAAAACGAACGUGGACUAUCAAAAGGUCAUCAAGGUUGUUGUUGAUUUUGUCGAGGCCUCUAAUUUCAAAACGGUUGAGGCCCUUGUAGACAGUGUGACCCAUAUCGCCUUAAAACAGCCGUUCUUCGAGGAACAUUCUGACGCACCAAUUAUGGUGAAAGUUAUAAAGUUAAAUGCCAUCACCGCCACUGAAGGUGUGGGAGUAAGCUGCCAACGUACUCUACGCGAUUUUGAGGGCAAAAAAAUUCCGAAACUGGGGGACGCUAGGCCGAUUUCUCCUGUCUUCGAUCUUCCGGUCACUCAAGUGACCGACGUUGUUCCUGGAAAACCCAGCAUUUCCUAUGUAGCAUUUGGGUCAAACGUGGGUGACCGUGUUUCAAAUAUUCAGCGCGCUUUUGACUUACUGAAUGCACACGCGGGCGUUAAAGUGCGGAAAACGUCGUCGAUUUUCGAAAGUGAGCCGAUGUACGUUCAGGAUCAACCGCAAUUUCUAAACGGCUGUCUAGAAAUUGAAACAGAACUUCCGCCUCUCGCACUCCUACGCGUUUGCAAGCAAAUUGAGUAUGAAGAGCUCAAGCGUGUAAAAGAGUUCGAGAAUGGACCUAGAAGUAUUGAUCUUGAUAUCAUUCUCUACAAGAACGGGCAUGGAGAAGACGUGGUUAUGACUACAGAAGAACUAAUCGUUCCACACCCCAGACUAAUCGAACGUUCAUUUGUGAUGGAACCGCUAUGUGAACUCAUUCCUUGUACCACAGUUCACCCGGUAACCGCGGAGCCGAUCCUGAAUCACCUAGACCAAGUUUACGAGCAGCAGCGUGACGAAGAUGUUCUUUCUAAGGUAAUACCUCUUCCGAAGCUAAAUGGAAAGGAUAGAUUUCUAAAAUUCAAAAACAGAGUAAGAAAAGACGCUGUAUUGGACCGCCCAAUUGCCUCAACUGUGUCACCCACGUUAACAAUGGGAAUUGUCAACACGACGCCAGAUUCCUUCUCUGAUGGUGGAAAAUUGGGUGACAAUCUCGAUGUCCAGUUAUCCAAAAUAAAAGAAAUGGUUGAAGAUGUGUUGAAGUUGAACGAUCAAGUAAUUAUUGACAUUGGUGGGUGUUCCACGCGGCCAAACUCCGACCAAGCACCGCUUGAGGAAGAGUUGCAACGCACAAUUCCGUUGAUUCGCGCUGUGCGGGCUUGUGAUACCAUUCCUCAGGAGCAAGUAAUUUUGUCGAUUGACACGUAUCGUUCAGAAGUUGCGGAACAGGCUAUUGAUGCCGGCGUUGAUAUUGUCAACGAUAUUUCUGGCGGGAAGUUUGACCCCAAAAUGUUUGAGGUUCUGGCCAAGCAUCCUACGGUUGCGUAUGCCAUGUCUCAUAUACGUGGAGAUAUUCAGAGCAUGAACAAGCUUACGAAUUACAAUGGCGAGGAUAGUGAUGGCGAAACCCAGACAGAAUACUACUUUGGCAAGCAAUUUCGCAACAAAGAGGACACGGCUCUGAUCAGAACCGUUGCGAGAGAACUAGCCGCUCAGUUUAGCACUGCGCUCAAUACGGGUGUCAAGACUUGGCAGAUCAUACUCGAUCCUGGUGUCGGGUUUGCCAAGCAUGCCAAUCAGAAUCUGGAAGUCAUCCGCAGCAUUUACAUUUUGAAAAACUACAGCAUUUUGAAGGGCUCUGAAUUUGUGAAUUUCAGAAACAAGCCCGUGCUCAUCGGACCCUCGCGCAAGAAGUUUAUUGGACACAUCACAGGUGAAACUAUAGCGUCCGAAAGAGAUUUUUCAACCGGAGCAGUUGCCAGUGCGUGUGUAGGUUACGGGACUGACAUUAUCCGUGUUCACGAUACCGCCAAUUGUGCAAGAAGCAUCAAAAUAGCCGAUUCGUUAUACCGUGAAUCGAUCUAA